AAGGGCAGAGUUGUAAAAACUCCCAGGCUGUGGGGAGUCGGUUUGGUAUCCUGUAAAUCGGAAUUCAACUGUACCCCACAGAAGCAAAAUCGCCUGGAGCACUAUAGAGACACAACAUCGGCAACAUCGUUUUGUAUCUCCCUUAGAAGGCUAUACUUGAGGCGGUACGAGUGUAACAUUUGCUGGACCGGACACUGGCUAGUGCAAGAAGGACCUGCUGUGAAUUUCCAUGAUCCUGAAUCUAACCCUGCUGCAGGAAGGAUAUUCACUUUUGCAACAAGUACUCAGUCAGAGUUUUUUCAUCACACCAAUCACUGCUGCCUUGGAGGUUUUUGCAACGCUCAGAAAAAAAAGCAACUCUGUAACAGAAAAAGAAUCACCCUCGCCACUGAAGCAGCUAUGCAGCUUGAAAUUCAAGUAGCACUCAAUUUUAUUAUUUCCUAUUUAUACAACAAACUCCCUCGACGACGUGUGAAUAUCUUCGGCGAAGAGCUCGAGAGGCAGCUGAAGAAAAAAUAUGAAGGCCACUGGUAUCCGGAUAAGCCAUACAAAGGUUCAGGGUUCAGGUGCAUCCAUGUAGGGGAGAAGGUGGACCCUGUGGUGGAGCAGGCAGCCAAAGAGAGCGGGCUGGACAUCGAAGACGUCCGGAAUAAUCUCCCUCAGGACCUUAGUGUGUGGAUCGACCCGUUUGAGGUUUCCUACCAGAUUGGGGAGAAGGGACCGGUCAAGGUGCUUUAUGUGGACGAUAACAAUGAGAAUGGGUCAGAGCUGGACAAGGAGAUCAAGAACAGCUUUAAUCCUGAGGCCCAGGUCUUCAUGCCAAUCAGUGACCCUGUCGGGGCUUCCUCGGAGUCCAGCUCCCCUUCACCUCCUUUCGGGCAGUCCGCUGCUGUGAGCCCCUCAUUCAUGCCACGCUCCACCCAGCCCUUAACCUUCACCACUGCCACCUUUGCCGCCACCAAAUUUGGCUCCACUAAGAUGAAGAGCAGUGGCCGCGGUAACAACAGCAACAGCGGCAGUAGCAGCAAGGUGGCCCGCACCUCCCCUACCAAUAACCUGGGUCUGAAUGUCAACACCCUACUGAAGCAGAAAGCCAUCUCCACCUCCAUGCACUCACUGUACGGGCUGGGCCUGGGUCAGCAGCAACAACAACAACAACAACAACAACAACAACAGCAGCAGCAACAACAACAACAACAACAACAACAGCAGCAGCAGCAGCAACAACAACAACAACAACAACAGCAGCAGCAGAAGGCCUCUGCUCUUUCCCCUAAUGCCAAGGAGUUUGUGUUCCCCAGCCUCCAGGGCCAGGCCAGCCCUGGAACCGUGUUCCCCGGGGAGGGCUCCCUGGGGCUCGGCCCUCUCCAGUACAACAAUGCCUUUGACAUGUUUGCAGCCUACGGAAGCCUCAACGAGAAGUCUCUUAUGGAUGGCCUCAACUUCAGUCUGAGCAACAUGCAGUAUUCUAACCAGCAAUUCCAGCCAGUCAUGGCUAACUAAACUCAUCAUCAAGAUGUUAUUUAUGAAUGAUGGUGGCUCAAAGAGAAGGAAAAACAAAACGCACACUUAGAAACCGGACUUUCAAGGAUAGUGUCUAGUCAGUCAAGCGCAUGUGCCCAAGGGUGUUUUUUUUUUUUGUUUUUUUUAAUACUGUGCCCCCUUGAGUUUGUUUCUACUAAAAGCUUGUUGUACAAACACAUCCAAGCUUGGUUACUUCAAUUCAACAUGCAUCAUUGUUUUUCUUUUUCCUUUUUGCCAACCAAGCACAAAAUUUUUUACUAUGUUCAGAAAAUACUCCUAAAAAGUAGAAAAAAAAAAGAAAAUAUGAGCUUCAAGUUUUGGCCUCUUACAGUAUUUUACAGGUGGUAAGACAAGGCUGAUUUUUAUGAAUUGGCACUACUAAGUGGGGUUACUUGGUCUUUUUCUAAUUGUAUAAUUUAAUUUAGUACAGAGUUUGUAAGAUAUCAGAGUAUAUAUUGUUUCUAUGACAUGGUGUUGCAUUUAUAUCUUUUUACUACUCCAGUGAUCUGUGAUGGCUGCAGCAGCUUUUCCUUAUUUUUCUUUUUUUAAAGAUAAUUGUUAAAGAAAUCCAUCUUUAAAAAAAUACAUCAACUAUUCUAAAGAUUGUGUACAGAGUAUUCCUUAGUGGUGGAAUUCAAGUGUAGGAAUAUUUGCUUUUUCUGAAAGAUGAAUUGUAUUUUCUGUUAAGAGGUUAAAAAGAUUUUGCUAUACUACGGACAAAAUGUAAUCGUAUGAAUAUUAAUUUUGUACCUACAUUGUGCAAUACUUGAUAAAAAAUACAGUAUAACAAAGUAUUUUGAGUCAGUGUCUUACAUGUCAAGAGGGACUGAAAUAGUUUAUAUUGUUAAGUUUGUAUUAAAUGCUUAAAAAUUAUAUGCUUGUCUUUAUUUUUUUUAAUUUCAUAUUUGCACCCUGGUCUUUUUAAUAAAAUAAACUACAGUUGAACAUGA